CCAAACAGCAUCCCCAGGUUUCGCGCACGGAUUUUUCUCUUCAACUUUACCCAGCGUCAAUCUUUGGAUGCACAGCCCAGCCACAGGAUUCCUUUCUGUCUCGUCUUGGUCCCUCCUGGGUAGUCUGUUUAUUGCUGUUUCGGAAGCCCCGUGGAGAGCUGGUUGCCCUCCUCUUGUUCCCUCUGUUUCCUUGAGUUAGUUUUCCGAGGUUUUACCGGGGCUCGAGAUCUCUUGGACCGAAUGGAACUUUUUGCUGCCUCUUUUUGCUGCUGAUUCUGUCAGUGGACGAGGAAAAAGGCUUCGGAGGCAGAAGAGGCGCAGGGGAGGUGGAGAAAGGUGGAGGAAGUGGACGAGGAGGAAGCCGAAGGGGCUCGGCGCGUGUGUGUGCAUGUGUGCAUGCGUGUGUGAGUGCAUGUGUGUGAGUGUUGCGGCUGCCCAGGACCCGCGGCCCCGAAGGUGUUGGCUGAAAUAUGGAGAAUAGUCUUGGAUGUGUUUGGGUACCCAAGCUGGCUUUUGUACUCUUCGGAGCUACCCUGCUCAGCGCACAUCUCCAAGUCACCGGUUUCCAGAUUAAGUCUUUCACAUCACUGCGCUUCCUGUCGGAACCUUCUGAUGCCGUCACGAUGCGGGGAGGAAAUGUCCUCCUGAACUGCUCUGCAGAGUCUGACAGAGGAGCUCCAGUUAUCAAGUGGAAGAAAGAUGGCAUCCACCUUGCCUUGGGGAUGGACGAAAGGAAGCAGCAACUUCCAAAUGGCUCUCUGUUGAUACAAAACAUACUUCACUCCAGGCACCAUAAGCCAGAUGAGGGACUCUACCAAUGUGAGGCAUCUUUAGGAGAUUCUGGGUCAAUUAUUAGUCGGACAGCAAAAGUUGCAGUGGCAGGACCACUGAGGUUCCUCUCCCAGACAGAAUCUGUCACUGCCUUCAUGGGCGACACAGUGCUGCUCAAGUGUGAAGUCAUUGGGGAGCCCAUGCCAACCAUACACUGGCAGAAAAACCAAGAAGACCUGACUCCCAUCCCGGGCGACUCCCGCGUGGUGGUCUUGCCCUCUGGAGCCUUGCAAAUAAGUAGACUUCAACUGGGAGACAUUGGAAUCUAUCGAUGCUUAGCCCGGAAUCCAGCCAGCUCAAGAACAGGAAAUGAAGCGGAAGUGAGAAUCUUAUCAGACCCAGGACUGCAUAGGCAACUGUAUUUUCUGCAAAGACCAUCAAAUGUAGUAGCCAUUGAAGGAAAAGAUGCCAUCCUGGAGUGUUGUGUUUCUGGCUAUCCUCCCCCAAGUUUUACCUGGCUACGAGGAGAGGAAGUCAUCCAACUCAGGUCCAGAAAGUAUUCUUUAUUGGGUGGAAGCAACUUGCUUAUCUCCAAUGUGACAGAUGAUGACAGUGGAACUUACACCUGUGUUGUCACCUAUAAGAAUGAGAAUAUUAGUGCCUCUGCAGAGCUCACAGUCUUGGUUCCACCAUGGUUUUUAAAUCACCCUUCCAACCUCUAUGCCUAUGAAAGCAUGGAUAUUGAGUUUGAAUGUGCAGUCUCUGGGAAGCCUGUGCCCACUGUGAAUUGGAUGAAGAAUGGAGAUGUGGUCAUUCCUAGUGAUUAUUUUCAGAUAGUGGGAGGAAGCAACCUACGAAUCCUUGGGGUGGUGAAGUCAGAUGAAGGCUUUUAUCAGUGUGUGGGUGAAAAUGAGGCUGGAAACGCCCAGACCAGUGCACAGCUCAUUGUUCCUAAGCCUGCUAUCCCGAGCUCCAGCAUCCUCCCUUCUGCUCCCAGAGACGUGGUCCCUGUCCUGGUUUCCAGUCGGUUUGUCCGUCUCAGCUGGCGCCCGCCCGCAGAAGCAAAAGGGAACAUUCAAGCCUUCACGGUUUUUUACUCCAGAGAAGGUGACAACAGGGAACGAGCAGUGAAUACAUCCCAGCCUGGGUCCCUUCAGUUUACUGUGGGAAACCUGAAGCCAGAAGCCAUGUACACCUUCCGAGUCGUGGCCUACAACGAGUGGGGACCAGGGGAGAGCUCUCAGCCCAUCAAGGUGGCCACUCAGCCUGAGUUGCAAGUUCCAGGGCCAGUAGAAAAUCUGCAAGCCGUAUCUAUCUCACCUACCUCAGUUCUUAUUACCUGGGAACCCCCUGCCUAUGCAAAUGGUCCAGUACAAGGUUACAGAUUGUUCUGCACUGAAGUGUCCACGGGGAAGGAACAGAAUAUAGAGGUUGAUGGACUAUCGUAUAAGCUGGAAGGCCUGAAAAAAUUCACGGAAUAUAGUCUUCGAUUCCUAGCUUACAAUCGCUACGGACCAGGAGUAUCUACUGAUGACAUAACUGUGGUUACGCUUUCUGAUGUGCCAAGUGCCCCGCCUCAGAAUGUCUCCCUGGAAAUAGUUAAUUCAAGGAGUAUCAAAGUAAGCUGGCUGCCUCCUCCACCAGGAACACAAAAUGGAUUUAUUACCGGCUAUAAAAUUCGACACAGAAAGACAACCCGCAGGGGUGAGGUGGAAACCCUGGAGCCAAACAACCUCUGGUACCUGUUCACAGGACUGGAGAAAGGAAGUCAGUACAGUUUUCAAGUGUCAGCCAUGACAGUCAAUGGCACUGGACCACCUUCCAACUGGUACACAGCAGAGACUCCAGAGAAUGAUCUCGAUGAGUCUCAAGUCCCUGACCAGCCAAGCUCUCUUCAUGUGAGGCCCCAGACCAACUGCAUCAUCAUGAGUUGGACUCCUCCCUUGAACCCAAAUAUUGUGGUGCGAGGUUACAUCAUCGGUUAUGGCGUUGGGAGCCCUUAUGCCGAGACAGUACGUGUGGACAGUAAACAGCGAUAUUAUUCCAUUGAGAGGUUAGAGUCAAGUUCCCAUUAUGUAAUCUCCCUAAAAGCUUUUAACAAUGCAGGAGAAGGAGUUCCUCUUUAUGAAAGUGCUACCACCAGAUCUAUAACCGAUCCCACUGACCCAGUUGAUUAUUAUCCUUUGCUUGAUGAUUUCCCCACCUCGGUCCCAGAUGUCUCCACCCCCAUGCUCCCACCAGUAGGUGUACAGGCUGUGGCUCUUACCCACGAUGCUGUGAGGGUCAGCUGGGCAGACAACUCUGUCCCUAAGAACCAAAAAUCGUCCGAAGUGCGACUUUACACUGUCCGGUGGAGGAUCAGCUUUUCUGCGAAUGCGAAAUACAAGUCAGAAGACACAACAUCUCUGAGUUACACAGCAACAGGCCUCAAACCAAACACAAUGUAUGAGUUCUCGGUCAUGGUAACAAAAAACAGAAGGUCCAGCACAUGGAGCAUGACUGCACAUGCCACCACAUAUGAAGCAGCCCCGACCUCUGCUCCCAAGGAUUUGACAGUCAUUACUCGAGAAGGGAAGCCUCGCACUGUCAUUGUGAGCUGGCAGCCUCCCUUGGAAGCCAAUGGAAAAAUUACCGCUUACAUCUUGUUUUAUACCUUGGACAAGAACAUUCCAAUUGAUGACUGGGUUAUGGAAACAAUCAGUGGUGAUCGGCUUACACAUCAAAUCAUGGAUCUCAACCUUGACACUAUGUAUUACUUUCGAAUUCAAGCACGGAAUGUGAAAGGAGUGGGGCCCCUCUCUGAUCCCAUCCUUUUCAGGACUCUGAAAGUGGAACACCCUGACAAAAUGGCUAAUGACCAAGAUUAUCUUUCUAGAUUUUCAAAGGAGGAAGCAGAAGGUCGCCAUGGAGAUGGAGGUUAUUGGCCAGUUGAUACUAAUUUGAUUGAUAGAAGCACUCUCAACGAGCCACCCAUUGGCCAGAUGCACCCCCCACAUGGCAGCGUCACUCCUCAGAAGAACAGCAACCUGCUUGUGAUUAUUGUGGUCACCGUUGGCGUCAUCACAGUGCUGGUGGUGGUGAUCGUGGCCGUGAUUUGCACCCGGCGUUCUUCAGCCCAGCAGAGAAAGAAACGGGCCACCCACAGUGUUGGCAAAAGGAAGGGCAGCCAGAAAGACCUCCGGCCCCCUGAUCUUUGGAUCCAUCAUGAAGAAAUGGAGAUGAAAAAUAUUGAGAAGCCAUCAGGCACUGACCCUGCAGGAAGGGACUCCCCCAUCCAGAGUUGCCAAGACCUCACACCAGUCAGUCACAGCCAGUCAGAGACCCAUCUGGGGAGCAAAAGCACGUCUCAUUCAGGUCAAGACACAGAAGAAGCAGGGAGCUCCAUGUCUACCCUGGAGAGGUCAUUGGCUGCACGCCGAGCCACCCGGGCCAAGCUCAUGAUUCCUAUGGAUGCCCAGUCCAGCAAUCCUGCUGUCGUGAGUGCCAUCCCUGUGCCAACCCUAGAAAGUGCCCAGUACCCGGGAAUCCUUCCAUCGCCCACGUGUGCAUACCCCCACCCGCAGUUCACCCUCCGGCCUGUGCCAUUCCCUACACUGUCAGUGGACCGAGGUUUCGGAGCCGGAAAAACAGUGAGCGAAGGACCAGCCACCCAACAGCCGCCCAUGUUGCCCCCAGCACAGCCUGAGCAUCCCAGCGGUGAGGAGGUGCCCAGCAGAACCAUCCCCACAGCCUGUGUUCGACCAACUCAUCCACUCCGCAGCUUCGCCAACCCUUUGCUACCUCCACCGAUGAGUGCAAUAGAACCGAAAAUCCCUUAUACACCGCUUUUGUCUCAGUCAGGGCCUACUCUUCCCAAGACUCAUGUCAAAACAGCCUCUCUUGGGUUGGCUGGAAAGGCAAGAUCUCCUUUGCUUCCUGUAUCUGUGCCAACAGCCCCUGAAGUGUCUGAGGAGAGCCACAAACCAACAGAGGAUCCAGCCAAUGUGUAUGAACAGGAUGAUUUGAGCGAACAAAUGGCAAGUUUGGAAGGGCUAAUGAAGCAACUUAACGCUAUCACAGGCUCAGCCUUUUAACACACAUUGCCGAAUUGAUGAGUUGAAUCUUCCGGGACCUUUGCAGCAUUACCUAUUACCCAUAAACAGCACACCUGUGUCCAAGAACUCUAUCCAGUGUACAGGUUAACCGUCAGGACCACUGAGUUCUGGAAGAUCCUGAAGCAGUUCAGAAGGAAUAAGCAUCCCUUCUUUCAUAGGCAUCAGGAGUUUCAAAAUGAUGACUCUGGGGUCCCUUAACAAAAGCAAAGAUACAUCUUCACUGCAAUGUCAAAGCCGAAGCUGCUAGAAUAGUCCUGGGCCUUUGCCACUGCAGUGACCACAGUGUCAUGACAGAUGCUUACGUUUUCCUUCAUCAAGGCCUGUCAUUUUCUUCUAUGUGUAGGUCUAGUCUUACAAAAUGCAAGUGCAUUAUUGAAGCCUGUACCCUGCCAUGGCAAAUCAGCGCAAGCUCACUAUUUUAUUUUCAGAUUUAAGGUACAAAGCACCCAUGGGAAUUUUCUCACCACAUAGCACCAAAGGAUUGGAUGUUUUUCUGACAGCACAAAAAAGUAAACAAAAGGCAGCAAAUGCUUACGUUUUGUAACUCAAGUCAUUCUUGCACAGGUGGUGGAAUUCAGCAAGUGGCUAUAAAAUUCACCCAUUUUAGCAAGUAUUGGUAAAUCCACUCUUGGUUAACAUUGAUGUCUGGAGAACAGGAACAUUUAGAAAUCUGCAACUAGUGGCAUCCUGCCAGCAACCAGUCCAUUUCCUAAAAGAGGAUACAAUAUGCAAUCUUUUCAGACACAUGAUAAUGACGUGCUUAAGCUUGUAAUAGGAAACUUUAAUUUGGGUGGCUUUCAUGCCAUACCACACUGUGAUGAUAUUUCAAAGCUUCACCAAGUCCCAUCUCCCAGACUCCCAGGAGUCUGGCUAGACUCCACCCCAUCCCUCCCUGAGUUCCCCUUGGCAACCAGCCCUGGCCAGGUGGCUGUCUCCACACAUCCCUUGGCCUCCUGACCCACCUUUCUGAAACCCUCUGUGGAAAUGGCAGAGCCAUCACGAGGGAGGGGAGGAAAAUGGAAGGCAGUUUCAAACAGUACCUUCUCUUGAGUGAUGUCACUUCCACCAGCAGAGUCCUCACUGACUUAGAGCAGGCCGUGUUGGUAGGUGACAACCACCGAGCUCUGUUGUCAAGGAAACCUUCUGCACCAUGCCUGCCCAGAGUCAGAGAGCAGCAGAGGGAAGGCAUCACUUGACACUUGGGACACAUCCUAAACCCAGUGGAUACUCUUUAAAACUGCAUCUUCAUUGUGACAUAGAAUCUUAAACUCCCACUGCCGUGUUUAUCUACAGCUUGCAACUAGGUGAAAUUAAAAAGAUUUUGUGUGCACCCUUUUAGUUUUUGAAUUUGAAGCUGCAUUUGGAGUUAAUCCAUUUAUGCAGCUGAAUCGCCAAAAGGGAGCCAGUUUGCAUAUUUAUCAGUUAGGCAACUUGAAAACCCAGUAAGAGAGUUUCAGCUGAAUUAUUCCUUUCAGCUCUGCCUUUGAUUUCAAGCUUGAGUAGGUCAUAAUUUUAAAAGAGCAUGGAAGGGAUAGGAUCUUUACAGCCUAAUAGCUCCUUUUAUUAGGUGGAUAAUCAUAUAUGAAUCCCUGAAUGAAAUAUUUUGAGUAAAAUGGCACUGUAACGGAAGUAAUAAUUCAGAUUAUUUUUUUACAGUUUUAUGUCGGGAAGGAAAUCUUAUGUCAAAGAGAGGGCUUGUUCAAAUGGUUCAUUAGAAAGUCCGGUCCAUUUGUGAAAUUGUUCCUUCAACAAAGAGUGCUUGAUCGAUUUACUUAUAUUUUCAUGAAGUCCUUCUGAAGAGCUAUGUGGUGUUAUCCUAUGGGGCAGAUAACUCUUAUUCAACAUCUAGGGUGCUUCGGCAAACAACCGUCCACUGACGUGGAACAAGGCAUUUCAUAACAUAAUAUUGAGUCUUACAGAAAUAAUCCAUUAGCUCAGAAAAGAAAAUGUUCAUUAGACCAGCCUUAUCUUCUCGAGGUCCCAGGAUGGCUUUCCCUUUCUAAUCCUCACAAAUACGGAACAGACUCUGAAGGCAUUUGACAUCCGAGGAAGGUCAUCCUGAGUGUCCAGUUUGGAAUGAGCUACAAAUCUCGGAUUUCAGGGAUUAGUCACAUCUUCAAUCUGUAGACUGUAUCUGCACAAUCAAGAGCACUAGCAUUUUCACAACAUACUAGACUCCUCUGAAGUCAAUGACCCUAGGAAAUACAUUUUUUAAAAUAUAGGAAAAUAUACAUUAUUUGAUUUCAGUGGAUGCUCUUGAAACUUUCUUCAUUAAACAAAUCCAAUGGUUUAUUUCAGUAAUUGGCAAUGCUAAUAAAUCUUAGCUCCAUGCACUGUAUAUAGAGUAGAAUCCAUUUAAAUUCUCACAAGAGACUCUUGGGAGAUGUACCCAAUGGUUUGAAUAUGAAACAACUUGACUGCAACUCUGUACAACUCUGCUCCCCAUUCUCUCAGAUAGUUCACACGUGUGUACAGCUGCUUGCCCAGGCUUAUAGGUAACUCUUUAACUUCCCAGUCUCCUGAUCUCCUGACAAGAAGAAAUCUGUCUCUGAGUCUGGUUCAUGACAUACAGGGCCCUUUAAGCUCAUAAAUCUCUUUGACUCCCAUAGCGAUGCUUGACAGCCAACCAGCAGCUCUGCCACCAGGAGUCAUUUCUCCCCGAAAAAGAAGAAAAUAAAACAUGGCGGGGCAUCCUCAGGCCUUCCCUGCACUCUGCUGAACUGUCAGGCAAGAGCCUUCUCUUGAAAAAGUUUGGUAUUUUUCAUUUCAUACUGAUAAGAAAGCUAUUUUCUUUCCUCUAGAAAGUUCUGCAUCUGUUAAACUCACAAAAAUGCAGAUAGCUCAAAAUGCAUAAAACAUAUUUGGAGGAUGCUCUAGCCAAAAUUUAAAUAUUUCUUAGUGACUCACAUUCAGUAAGAAACUAGUCAUAGCUACCUCUUUGUAGAGCAGAGCUAUAAGCUUCUAGGGUAUUUAAAUAAUGGAACUUGAUAUUUGGGCAUUAUAAAAUGCACACACAAUUGAACAAGCUGGAAAAAAAGGAAAUAUAUCAAGCCAGGGAUAUAAGAGGUGAACUUAUUAAGGCUUCCUGGGAGGAGUUGGAUAUAACAUUAUUCUCUUCAAAAUAAGGGUGAUUCACAAUGACAUGUAUGUUUUCGUCCCCUGCAUUGGUAAGAGCUACAGAAGGAGAGCUGUCCAACAUUAGUGUGUCAUUCCAGACAACAUCUGGAAACUGUAAUGUUUGGCACUUGUUGGCUUUUCUGAUAAAGAAUCUAAGUACAAGUCUUUCUGGAAGCCUUUGUAGUCUGUGCUUGAAGAUGGUUGCUCGUUCCUAACCACCCUUGUGAUACAUCUGUCUGUUGACUUUGUUUAAAGAAUCGUCUUCAGGUCUCCUCCAAAUGUAAUAGAGUGUCUCAUACAUGACUGCUGGACUGGAAUUCUAACCAAAAAAAAAAAAAAACCACCUCUAAAGAGAUCACCUUACCUUUUAGAUAAAAUUGUGUCCCAGACUCAGACUCCUUGUAGUUUCAGAAUGUCCAUUUCUAGUUCAUGAGAGAGAGAAAAAAUAGAAAAAUUCCUUACUUUUAGCUGUGUUAAUAAAAAACAAAACCGUCAGAACUUUAAAAUAGAUGAGGAACAAGAUUGCUUUCCCUUCCUGGACCAGUUUACUUCAUCUAAAUGCAGACCAUUCCUAAAGACAGAGGUUAGUAUCCUAGCCUGUUUAUAACCCAUAUACACAAUAGAGAACCCCCAGCAUUCUAGAGCAGCAGAGCAGUCAUACACUCAAAUCUACCAUCUCUUUUUAAAAUUACUUCCAAAGCAACAUUUUACUCAUAAUAAUAAUUUGUAUUUCUCUGGUAACUUUCAGAAAUCACUUUCAUAGUGUACAGAAAAGCUUUUCACUUGAUUCCAGCAUUUCAAAUUAAAUCAGACUUUGGAAAAAUCAUAGAUAGAUGUUUUGUAUGGUAUUCCAUUGCAUUUGAAAUAUGUGCUCCCAUGCCUCAGUGUAACUUGCUAUCCAAAUACCUGCUUCCAAAAUGUCCUGAUUCUGAAAAGAAAUGCCUGAGUAGUUCCUCGUCAGUGAUAUUAUACAGGAGAGCACACAUGAAGCCUGUUGUCUGGGCUCUCUGUUCCCGCUAUUGCAUAAUGUUCACUUGGUGGAAUUCUAGUUGCACUCUCUGAAGGAUUUCUCCUGCUCUCAGUAGAGAGCCUUUGUACAUUGUCAUCCUAUGAUUUUUUCGUUGGUUGGAGAGCAACAGCAAAACUCUACAAGAUGUCGCAAACACAGAGGCAUGGGCCAAGGUAUCUCAGUGUGUUCUCAGAUGCAAGAAAGGAAGGUUGGGGAGGAGGAAAAAUGCUGUUUUUUAUUAUCGAAGGGUAAACCUGACAAUUCUGAACUUUGUGAAUUGUCAGCUGGU